UUAGUCGGAGCAGCCGGAGACGGUCGGCAGCAGAAACACGGGACGACAUGAACAACAUGCGGAUUAACUGGACCUGACUACACGAACGGACAGGAUCAUGAAUUUUUACCGGCUGGCCGUUUUCCUGGGAGCCACGGUCUGCCUGUGUGACGGCGUGCACGUGACGGUGCGGGAGACGCGGCGCUACGCCAUGCUCUUCCAGUCCGUGGUCCUGCCGUGUCAGUACCAGACGCCGUCCACCAAGCCACCGGUGAUCCAGUGGUGGUACAAGUCGUACUGCCGGGACCGCACGCGGGACGCCUUCAGCCUGCAGGACACGCUGGGCAUGAAGGCCUCGGAGCUGGGCGCCACGGCCCACCUGGAGUGCUCGGACAGCAGCCGCACGGUCCGCAUCGUGGCCUCGGCGCAGGGGCCCUCGCUGACGCUGGCCGAGCACUACAAGGGAAGAGACAUCACCAUCGUUGACAAAGCCAGCCUGCGUAUCGGGGAGCUGCAGUGGGGCGACAGCGGAGUGUACUACUGUAAAGUCGUCAUCGCCGACGACCUGGAGGGGAAGAACGAGGCGCAGCUGGAGCUGCUGGUGCUCGGCAGGACAGGUGAGCCGAACGACCUCCUACCUGAGUUUGAUGUGGAGAUUAUGCCAGAGUGGGCCUUCGUGGGCUCCGUGGUGCUGGGCAGCGUCCUGCUGCUGCUGCUGCUGGGGAUCUGCUGGUGCCAGUGCUGCCCUCACUCCUGCUGCUGCUACGUCCGCUGCUGCUGCUGCCCGGACUCCUGCUGCUGCCCCCGGCACCUGUACGAGGCGGGGAAGCUGGCGAAGACUCUGCCGCCCGCCCCGGUUCCCGUGUACCCCUACUACAUCCCCGGCGUUCCCACCGUGGUCCCUCUGGCCCCGUCCUCCCACCUAGAUCCAAAGAUCCCCUCCAUUCCUUCAGUGGACAACAACCUGACUGGAGUGCGCAGUGGUUACCGCCUGACAGGCAGUCCAGACCAGGACUCAAUGAAAGUUCUGUACUACAUUGAGAAGGAGCUGGCUCAGUAUCCGCCCGGCAGGACGUCUGCAUCCAAACUCAGCAGCCUGUCGGAGCUGAGCUCCCUUCACGACGGACCCACCCACGACUUCAGACACACCUAUCAGACGGUCCAGAUGAAGGCGCUCCCACCCAUCGCGGACCACGACGAGCGUUUCAGGCCGCCUCCGCCUCCGCAGAGCCGAAAGCCCAGAUAUGACCGAGACGCCCACUCCGACGACGAGCUGGACCGCAGGUGGAACCCGCGGUCCGAGCACCUGCAGAGGAAGACGCUGAGCAGGAGGGGCCGCACCGGCUCCCUGGACGAGCUGGAGGAAUUCGCCCAGUGCUACAACUCCCGUCCACGCCGGACGGAGCUCCCGCCCUACGAGCGGGACUACAGCCCCCCCCGGCGCUUCUACCGGGACGAAGACGACGGCUGGAGCCGCCGCAGUCCGUCACCUUCGCAGCAGAAGAGGAGGGACACGUGGGACAGCGACCGGCCCGCCCGACCCCCCCAGGGCCGGGGCUACGACGACACCUUCCUCAACAGCGUGCUGGAGAGGAAGGCCCGGGGCCGGGGCGGGGACAGGGCUGCCGGCAGGGGGGACGAGGACAGUGACACCCCCUCCAAAGGCAGCUCCAGAGGAAAGGAUAGUUACUACAGCCGGUCGCCUAGCAACCGCCCGGAUGAGGAGGACCCCCUGCCUCCGUACUCAGAGCUGGAGAUGGAGCGGUACCGCAGGGCCGACCCGACCCUAGACCGGUACCGCACGGCCGAUCACCCCCGGUCGGACAGGUAUCGGACCGCCGACACGGCCAUGAGGACCUUCUCGCACCCCCGGCCCCCGCCGGGGAAGAACCAGACGCUACAGUCCGGCAGAGACGAGCGAGACAGGAGCCGGAACCUGGUGAGUUACUUGUAGCGGGACAGAGGACAUCCCUCCUUUUCUGCAGAGCAGGAAAAGAUUUUAAAAAAAACUCAUCAUCCUGUAAAUGAACUCUGAGGUAGGGAUGGGCGGUAUGGACUAAAAAAAUUAUCACGAUAAUUUCUGGCAUUUAUCCCAAUAACGAUAAAAAUGACGAUAAAAAAAAUACCAAUUCAACUCCAUCUUUGUAA